UAAUCCUGGCCAUGACAGACUGAGAGGCCAGCUGCCUGACAGUACAGGAGCCCUUUAGAGAAAGGACUGUAGGAAGUGGUGAAAAAAGACUAAAACAUGAAUAAUCUUGUGAGUGAACUGGAGGUAACAGAGAGAGGUGUUUAUAAUGAGGUUAUUUCGCUCCUGGCGCAUAUAGCUGACCAAGAUAAGAACAGAAUUGCCCUCAGGAUUGCCUCUAUAGCAAAGACCAAGCUGGUUAGUGUUGUGAGAGUUCUACUGGAGAAACUGCAACAGGAUGAGGAAGCAACAAAUGAGGUAAAAGUGGCAGCUAGCAACACGUUAGUGACUCUGGCAAGCUGCUAUUUUGAUGAUGUCAUGUAUGAGCUGCACUGUCACCUGAAACCACCGAAGCUGCCUGAAGAGUUUAUUUUAGUUACACUGGGCAACCUGUCAUCAGCCUAUGCACUUGACUGUAUCCCUUUUGUGGAAAUGACCCUGAGCACCAUGUUCUCCAUGCUGGAGUUAGUCAAUGACAGCAGGAUGAGACAAGCAUUUUGCGGUGUUCUGGAACAAUGGUCAAGGGCAGUACGUCUCUUUUUGGCUAGCUGGGAAAAGUACCCAUUCCCCAAAGUGGGCGAAUUGCGGCUCUGCAAUCAUUUUCUUCCCGUCUACUCUCAUGUGACCAGCAACUGGCUGACCUGUGAGGAGCUGGAGCUCAAGCAGGCUGUCAUCAAAGCCCUUGGUCCCAUGAUGAGUCUCCUGCUACACAAAGAGGAGUAUCAAGGUCAGAUAUUUGAACAGAUGUCAUGGCUUCUUGAGCAAUAUAAGGAGAGCACUGAUGUUUUUCACGUCACCAAGAGUCUGAGCCAGCUCUUGGAGGUCUCGGGUGAAUAUAAGAUCCCUCUCCCUAAGAGGAAGUUUCAAGCCAUCUGCAGUGCUCUGCACAACCAGCUCUGUUCUCAAGCUAAGCCGCUCAGCAUGGAAAAUCACACAGAGCUGGUCUAUUGUAUAGUUCAGCUAGCCCGUUCUUCUCCUGAUGAUCUGAUAGCCUUUCUGCACUCGCAGCUGGAGAUUGAGAAUGAGGCUGUUUGUGUGGCAUCUCUGAAUCUGCUCAGAGCUAUUGUUAGUGCUGACUUGCCCGAGACAAGACUGAAAAAGUUUCUGAUUGUGAAGGCAGUGAAAUCUACUUUCAGUGAUCAGAAUGCUACGGUGAGGAAGGCAGUUCUUCAUUUCAUCAGGACGCUGCUCAGCUCAGAAAGUGUGGAGAACUGUGCAGCAUGGGAUAUGGUAGCACAUGUUUUCAGGGAGUUCAGUGUGUCCAUCAGCAAACUGGUGUUAUGGCCAAGGCUUCUGGAAUAUGUGGUGCCAGCUCAGUACACUGGUACUUUGAAGCCUCUCUGCAGAUGCCUUAGGGAGCUGGCUGAGAAAAAGCAGCAGGAAGGAGAAGAAGCUGCUUGCCUCGACUACGGUGGAUCAGUGAAUUUCCCUACACCCCAGGGGCUGCUGGCACGACUCCUGGUAGUAGCCUCAUCCCCUUAUGCAGGAGAAGGACACGGAUGUGCUGCCUUGCAGUUAUUACAAGCCCUGCACCAAAAUAUCCAUGCAGCAGUGGGUGAGAUGUGGGUAGUAAAGAUCCCAUCUCUGCUGCAGUACAUUGAAGGAAACACGGAGAAUUCCCUGGACCAUGCGCGGUGGGAGCACAUGCUGCUUCAGUUCCUAAGAACAUCUCUGGCGAUGAUAGACGACAGUGCCUGGAAGUUUCCUGUAUAA